GUGGCCGGCCCCGCCAUGGCGGAGCGGGAGGAGCGGCGCUUCGUGGAGCUGCCCCGGGACUCGGUGCGGCUCAUGGCCGAGAGCGCCGGCGUCGAGCUCAGCGACGAGGUGGCGGCGCUGCUGGCCGAGGACGUGUGCUACCGGCUGCGGGAGGCCACGCAGAACAGCUCCCAGUUCCUCAAGCACACGCGGCGCCGGCGCCUCACCGUGGAGGAUUUCAACCGAGCGCUGCGCUGGAGCAACGUGGAGGCCGUGUGCGGCUGCGGCUCGCAGGACUCGCUCCCGUUCCGCUCCCUGCGGGACUCGGAUUUGUUUUUCCCCGAGGAUCGCGAGGUGAACCUGCUGGAGCUGGCGCUGGCCACCAACAUCCCCAAGGGCUGCGCCGAGACCGCCGUCAGAGUGCACGUGUCCUACCUGGAUGGCAAAGGGAACCUGGAGCCGCAGGGGGUGAAAUCCGUCAGCCACGACCUGGAGCAGCUGAGCCGGCUGCUGCACCUGGCUCGGAGCCUGCUGCAGAACCCCUUCCUGUGCCUGGGCUCCUACGUGGGCAGCCUGAUGGGCUCGGUGCUCUACUGCGUGCUGGAGCCGCUGGCCGCCUCCAUCAACCCCCUCAACGACCACUGGACCCUGCGGGAUUACGCUGCCAUGCUGCUGGGCCGCAUCUUCUGGAGCCACGGGGAGUUGGUGAGGGGGCUCUACCAGCAGAUCCUGCUCUCGCUCCAGAAGGUUCUGGCGGAUCCCGUGCGGCCGCUCUGCUCCCACUACGGGGCCGUGGUGGGGCUGCACGCGCUGGGAUGGAAGGUUUGGGGGGCUACGGGGGGUCCUAAGGNGGAGCCCCCGGCCGAAGGAGCCGCCCGCAAAAUGCCGCAGCUGACCAACGCCACGGUCAGCCCGAGGGACGAGGAGCCGCCCCCGCCGCGGCCGGAGCGACCCCCGCUGCACCGAGCGCCGGGACCCCCGCCCCGGCCCCGCGGGACCCCCCGCGCCCCCUCCGGGCACCGGCCCGGCGCUCGGGACGUGUUCCAGAAAUGUCGCUUCGCCCCUCGGGGGCCUCCCCGCUUCAGCUUCGUGAUCGCGGGCCGGCAGACCGGGCGGCGCUGCCCCGGCAGAAGGUUCCAGACCAGCUUCCCGCAGCCGCCCGGCGCCGCGCUCGGCUCCCGGUACGCGCAGCGGCUGCCGAUGAUCGGCCGGACCGCGCGGGCCCCGCGCCGCUGGCCCCGCGCAGAGUACUCGCUGCUGCUGCUGCUCUGAGCCGGGGCCGGGCGUUGAAGGGGGGAGUGGGCGUUAAAGGGUGUCUGAUGGGUAAUAAAAAGUGUCCAGUGGGUAAUAAAGGGUGUCCGGUGGGCAAUAAAGGGUGUCCGGUGGGCAUUAAGGGGUGUCCGGUGGGCGUUAAAGGGGGAGAGUGGGCAAUAAAGGGUGUCCGGUGGGGGUUAAAGGGGGGGAGUGGGCGUUAAAGGGUGUCUGGUGGGCAUUAAAGGGUGUCCAGUGGGCGUUAAAGGGGGGAGUGGGUGUUAAAGGGUGUCUGGUGGGCGUUAAAGGGUGCCCGGUGGGCAAUAAAGGGGGGGAGUGGGCAAUAAAGGGUGUCCGGUGGGUGUUAAAGGGUGUUCAGUGGUCAGCAGAGGGUGUGGUGGUCAGUGAGUGGCGUGAAAUGGUCAAAAAGGGGAGGGGAGCGGACAAUAAAGGGUGUCAGUAGAGGAUUUGCUGCUCAGUGAGGGGCCGGGGGUGGGCGUUAAAUGGUGUCCGGUGGGCAAUAAAGGGUGUCCAGUGGGGGUUAAAGGGGGGGAGUGGGCGUUAAAGGGUGUCCGGUGGGUGUUAAAGGGUGUUCAGUGGUCAGCAGAGGGUGUGGUGGUCAGUGAGUGGCGUGAAAUGGUCAAAAAGGGGAGUGGGCAAUAAAGGGUGUCCAGUGGGCAUUAAAGGGUGUGGUGGUCAGUGGAUGGCAUGGUCAGUAAGGGGAAGGGAGUGGGCAAUAAAGGGUGUCAAAUGGUCAGCAGAUAGUGUGGUGGUCAGUGGAUGGUGGGGAGUGGUCAUUAAAGGGUGUCCAGUGGCCAGCAAAAAGGGUUUGGUGGUCAGUGCGUGGUGUGGAGUGGUCAGGGAGUGGUCAAUAAAAGGUGUCCAGUGGCCAGCACAAGGUUUGGUGGUCAGUGAACUGCAUGGAGUGGUCAGUAAGGGGAAGGGAGUGGUCAUUAAAGGGUGUCCAGUGGUCAGCAGAGGGUUUGGGGGUCAGUGCAUGGUGUGGUGGCCAAUAAAGGUGAUCAGUAAAUGCUGUGGAGUGGUCAGUGAU